UUUGUAUGGAAAAUAUUUCUUGUUUGCUAUGGAUUGGAACUAUUCGUUACAUAUUUUGUCCAUAUCUCUCUUGCUUUUGAUUUCGGAUCCUUUUGAAAUUUGUAAUUCGAACUAGUUGAAACAUUCGAAAAUGACAGCAGUAACAUCAGACCACACUUCAAAGUUUGAUGCUGUCAUCGAAGUGUGUGACUGUGUGCGCUGUUCGUUCAUUACUAUUUCAUCAUCGCAUUUAGUAGUACACAACACGCUGCCGUGCAUUGAUAACAUCGACACGUUUAACUCAAAAAAUAUUUUCAUUUAUUCACAUCGCCAUUUUAGCUCGGCUCAGUAGAGUCAGUCUAAAACAUUGUGCUCUAUAAAUUGUUGUAAAUUAUUAGCGAGUUUUUCCUUUUGACUCACUUAACUGCACUUUGUUGGAAUACAGCGUUCGAUUUGCGAUUAAUUUAUCAAAAUAAAAAGUUUUUUUUCUGCACAGAAAGCACCGAAAUUGUAUCGCAAUGAAUGGUCAGGGUGCAGAGCCGCCUGAUAGGCACAAGCCAAAUAACAACGCAUUCCAUGAUGAUCUGAUUUUAUGUGAAAUGGAAAUAAAACAGGAGCCGACGGUCAAACAAGAGCCAGAAAAUGACGACGGCAUUGUGACGGUGUCGAGACCACCACGUACGGUCAACAGUGUGGCACUUGAUAUUGCGAUUGGCAAGGAGCAAAUGAAUGGAAAAGAUGUUUGCUUUGAUUUUCACGAUUUGGCUGAAGUAAAGGUUAAGAUUCAACAGGAAAGUCCGAUGAAGCGUCUAUCGAAUGGUGGUGCUGGAAAAGUUUGCAAGAAGAACAAAGAAAACGGUGUUCGUGACAUGAAGAAGCCACCUGAAGGCAAGGCAACUGGAAAACGACACAAGUGUUCAUUGUGCGAGUAUGUCACUGAUUUUGACAGUUAUUUACAUCGGCAUAUGCUUAAACACACCGGUGAAAAGCCGUUUCCAUGCACCAUUUGCCCAAAACGAUUCAUACAAAAACUACAUUUGCAAUCACAUAUGAAGGCACACGUCGAUGAAUUUCUAUUCAGUUGUUCAACUUGUUUUCAAGGAUUUCAUGGAAGCGGGGAGAAGGUGGAACAUGAAUCUGAUUGUAAGGUGCGUCGCUACGAGUGUCAUCUGUGCAAGGAAUAUUCUACUGUGUACAAGACGAAAUUGAAAGAUCAUAUGCGCGUGCAUACUGGCGAAAGACCAUUCGAAUGUGACCAUUGCUUGAAGAAAUUUACUCAAGCAAAUCAUUUGAAAGUCCACCUCAAAUCUCACACCAAUCCUCGUCCGUUGAAAUUCAAGUGUUCAACUUGCUUCAAGAUCUUUGCGCAACAAAUGGAAAAAGAAAAUCACGAAGCCAAUCGCAAGCGACGUGGAUACGAAUGUGAUCUAUGCAAGACGUACACAACAAAUCGUAAGGAACAUUUGAUGACACACAUGCGAAUCCACACUGGUGAGAAACCAUUCCGAUGUGAAAAAUGUUCAAAAUGUUUCAAUUUCAAAUCGAGCAUCAACAGGCACCAGAAAGUACACAAUUAGCUCUCUACCAAUUAAGGAUAAGCAAUUGAAACCUUACAUAAGGUAUGAAACAACUUACUUUUGAACAAAUUGCUUUGAAUAAAAAUAAACACAAGGAUGUAUUAAGCAUAAAA